UCAAUAUCAGUAUGGGUGUGGUAAUCGCUCUGUGAAUUGCCUUGAAACUAGUAAAUUUGGCGCCCGAUGCCAUGUUUUGGAUAUAAAUAAUACGAAAUGAGAACGUUAAUAUUUUGAACAAAAUAAUCUGCUCACCCUUACAGGCGGUAGGAGGAUUUUGUAGUGUUAUUACAUCAGGGCUUUGUCAGUAUUAUCAAACCUGGGAAGGGAGUGAAACGCUUGGAGGACCAUGAGUGAGCUGGAGCAGUUGCGGCAGGAGGCAGAGCAGCUGCGCAAUCAGAUCAGAGAUGCCAGGAAAGCAUGCAGCGACUCCAGCCUGUCCCAGAUUACAGCUGGUCUGGACUCAGUUGGAAGGAUCCAGAUGAGAACGAGGCGAACGCUCCGAGGCCAUUUAGCCAAAAUCUACGCCAUGCACUGGGCUACUGAUUCUAGGUUACUAGUAAGUGCCUCACAAGAUGGCAAACUCAUCAUUUGGGACAGCUACACCACAAACAAGAUUCAUGCCAUUCCUUUAAGGUCAUCGUGGGUGAUGACUUGUGCCUACGCUCCCUCAGGGAAUUAUGUAGCCUGCGGAGGCCUGGACAACAUCUGCUCAAUCUACAGCCUUAAAACACGUGAGGGCAAUGUCAGAGUCACCAGAGAACUUCCUGGACACACAGGUUAUUUGUCAUGUUGUCGCUUUCUGGAUGAUAGUCAGAUAGUCACCAGCUCUGGAGAUACUACAUGUGCUCUGUGGGACAUUGAGACUGGUCAGCAGACCACCACGUUCACAGGGCACAGUGGAGAUGUGAUGAGCCUGUCCCUCAGCCCAGACUCUAGGACUUUUGUGUCAGGUGCCUGCGAUGCGUCCUCCAAAUUGUGGGACAUCCGAGACGGAAUGUGCAGACAGUCUUUCACCGGACAUGUUUCUGAUAUAAAUGCUGUCAAUUUCUUCCCAAAUGGUAAUGCGUUCACCACAGGCUCGGAUGAUGCCACUUGCCGUUUGUUUGACCUUCGUGCAGACCAGGAACUGAUGAUGUAUUCACAUGACAACAUUAUCUGCGGCAUCACCUCUGUGGCCUUCUCUAAGAGUGGUCGCCUACUGCUCGCUGGCUACGAUGACUUCAACUGCAACGUGUGGGAUACUCUGAAAGGAGAGCGUGCAGGUGUUCUAGCUGGGCAUGACAACAGGGUCAGCUGUUUGGGGGUAACCAGUGACGGCAUGGCUGUAGCCACCGGUUCUUGGGACAGCUUCCUUAGGAUAUGGAACUGACCUUACUUGGUUGGACUUCGGGAGCCACUCUUUCUGAUCACACAAUCACACUGUAGUGCACCUCUGCCACACAGGACCCUUCCUUCUCCAUGUCCUCCUUAUAGAUGACCUGGUUUUCUUCAUCUUCUCUCUUUCUUAGACUGCAUUAUCCCACCAUCCUACAGUCAGUCAAAGAGGUGAGGACAAACAGUGAAGAGCCUCCACUGGCUCUCUGUCUUUCAGGCUUCACAUCUGACUUGAGGUGGGGGACAGACUGUGUUGUGUACAGUAUAUCUGCCAUUCUUUGUGCUUGUACGUAUAACAUAUGCACUUCUGACAGUGUUUGGAUGUUCUGGUGUGUGGAUACUUGUGAUGGGUGUCUUGACUGUCCCUGUUUUCUUUUCAUGCAUAUUUUUUUUCCUUUGUCCCCAAUCACAGUGCUAUUUGCCAGACACAGUGGCCAUUGUAAUGAACUAAGGGAUUAGGCUGUCACAGUAUUGUAGGCCAUCAGUGUUUAACUGUUGACCUUAAUUUAGUCUGCAUCAGGUCACGUCAGUGUUGGGUCUAUUGUCAAAUGGUUCAGGCUCAGCUUGGUAGUGUGUAGUUGUGAGAGAAACACUGAUGCCACUGAGCUUGUGUUGGCCAUCCUCUAAAAUUGACAGUACUUUUUGGCAUGUUUCAGUGCAUUAGAUUGUAGACUGCACAGAGGAAUUAGCAUCAGCCUGUCUGUCCAUCUGUCUUUACUAUGACUAGAUAUACUAUCUGAGAUUUGUUGCUUUCUAUAUUGAUUCGGCUGGAUAUAUGCGAUACAUUUAAAGGGAUAGUUCACCCGCAAGUGUAAUUUGUUGUCGUUUACUCGCCCUCAUGUUGUUUCAGACCUGUAUGACUUUGUUUUUUCAGUUAAAAUCAGAAGAGUAAUUCUAAAGAAGACUGCUGUUUUUUGUUUUCCAAUAAAUCACAAAAAAUCAGUACUGAUGCAUUUAUGCUCAAUAGAUAAAAAAAAAGAAGCUUAAAACCUAUAUGAAAGUAUUCCAGAUGACUUGUCCUCUACAUUCUAAGUCGUCUGAGGACGUACAAAAGAGUGAAACACAGACUGAAAUUUAAGUUGCCAGUUUAACCACUGCAUCAAGAUUGAGUGGGCAGAAUAAAGUUGUGAACUAAAUCAGAACAAACCAAUUCAUUAACACUCCAAGGAGACCUUUUGCAUAUGUCACAGUUAUCAAUGAUCAAUGACUGUUUUUCACAAAUGCUCUUGUAUGUCUUCAUAAGAUAAGGAUUGUAAAUAUAUAUGGGCCACUUUCAUGGUGCUUUUACAUGUGUGGAAGCACAAAAAAAAAUGGGUUUGGAAUAACUUUGGGGUGAGUAAGUGAUGACAUUUCAAGCGGAACUGCUUCUGGAAAGUUUAAGGAUAAGUCUUCUGUUUUAAUCCAAACACCAAGCAUGGCCUUGAUGCUCUGUGAGACUUAGCCAUUGGUGAGCAGGCUGUAAGUACAACCUAAUACCUAACAAGAGGCCUUGGUCGCUGCCACUCAGACAUUGUCUGCCUUUCUACACACACUAUGAACACCUGCCCUUCUGAGAUGAAGACUUAGCUAGGACUGUAUGCUUUUGCACUAGAAAAUAGUAAUGUGAGACAGCACACACUGGUAUUUCUGCACGUAUUUGAAUUAAUGUGCUUCAGCUCUAUGACAAAAAAAGCUGGAAAAACUGUCAUGGACCACAAGCUACACUGUGCGUAUUUAGUCACAAAUGUGAGUAUUGAAGCUUUCUGUAAAACAACAACAAAAAAGCAAGCCUUAAAAUUAAGUCAUAUGUCACUUGAACCAUCAAUAAUCACCUUAAUUUUGUGCCAAUCAGUAUGAAUAAACAUACAGACUGGCUUUGUGAGCAUGUAAAAAAUCUGUACAAAGGAUAUGCUUUUCACUGUGAUUUAGUUUUUAGGCAUUUUUUUUCCAGAUAAGUUUCUGACAUAUUAAGGAUACUUGCAAAAUUAAUCAUCCAUUUACAAUACCAGAUUGCAUUCAGUAUUGUUUUGUGUUUCCAUUUUAGGUGUUUAAUUUAUGACAUUACUGUUCAUCAGGUAAACUUGUUUCAAUAGUUCAUUUGAAUCAUGCAAUUACUUCUGAUAUGAAAGGAUAUCCAACAAAUGUGGAAGUUAUGAUCCUCUUGUUUUGAGUGUGUACAGCAUUUAGGCAGUUAAGGUAGUUAAGGUACAUGAAGAAAUUUGCAUAGUGCGAUAAAGGCAAAAAGUGUUCUAACCUGAAUAAAUUUAGUAAAACCAACAUAAUUCAUAUGACAUCCAAGUAUCCUCAAAAUAUAGCCUUAUAGUCCUUUAAUUGACUUGAAAGAAUGUUCCAGUCUCAAUAUAAGUUCAAAACCCAUCUUAAUCGACAAUGUAACAUACGCACUUGCAAUUAAAGUAAAUGGUGUACAGCGUAUGUGCACAUGUAAAUUUAGCAGUUAUAUUUGUAUUAUUUGGGUUGUGUAAUUUAUCAUUACCAACAUUAAUGCCAUUUAAUGUUUAUUGCAGUGGUUUAUUUAAUGAUGUGUGUGUAUUAAGACGAUUGAGCUUAACUCGUAUUGAAUCUGGAACACUCAUUUCAGGAACGUUUAUUACAUUUUAAGUUCAACCUGAACUUCUCAGUUAGUCCAUAAAGAACAUGAACAUGACCAUAAGGAGCAAGCAACAUAAUAUCCUAUGGAUAUUUCAGCUAGCUUACUGAGCCUUAUCCUAUGGAUAAGAUCAAACACUGUGCUAGCAAUACCACAAUCCACUGACUCUGAAGAAAACAGUUUGCUACCUUAACAGUUUACAAAAACCUUAAUGGUGUGAAAACUCAUGCAUGGCCUUUAUUAAGUUACAACUUGAGAACUGAAUCAGUGUGCUAGUAGUUACCAACUGUGAAAACGAUUGUAAAUCUGUAGUGUUAGAACUAUCAUAUUAAAUGAUGCAGCUUCUGCUAUUAUCCAGAUCUUUUCAAUCACUUUUUUUUUUUUUUUUUUUUUUUUUUUUAUUUGCAGCAGGCACUCGGCAUGUAACUUAUGACAUGAGCUCUGAAUAUUUUAAUUUUUUUAAAAAAGGUUUCCUUCGCAGCAUUUGUUUUCCACACAUGCUGGCCUUCCUGUUAGUGAGUGAGAGCUUAAUUUUUCUGAAUCUGAACUAAACCUUGGUUGUUUUUAUUUAGGUGGUUAUGCUGACAAGCUUUGAAAUUACUGCACUAAAAACAGCAGCAGUUCAUGUCAAAAAAUUGAUCACAAUACUACAACUCUAAAAAUGAAAGUGAAUCAGAUGUAUUGCAGUUUUGGCUGUAGCAUGAUCACAGAUUCAGUUAGAUUCAAUAUACCACCUUAAAGUGUUGUGUGUUAGCUUUGUUUUGCUAAAAUUUAGGCACAGCAGGACUUUGUUUUUAAAAAUACAGGACACUGAUAACCAAGUGCAAUCUUUUAAGCAUAUUAACAACAGACUGUCACAACUCUCAAACAAACUGUGGUUUACCAAAAAGCAAGUGCGUGAUUCAUAGUGGUUUUGAUGUAUUUUGUAUAGCAAUAGAUCUACUCCCGUAUGGAUAUUCUGUUUGUGGUGCAAAAAACAAAAUACUCCUUACUGAUAUAAUGGACAAAAAUAUCUGGAUGGUCCUGCAUAGACUGUAACUAUUUGAUCAAAACCCAGAUGAUUUUGUUUUUAAUUCACUUAUUCAGUAAAACAGGUUCUGCGAAAAAAAUUUUUUAUUUAUUUAUUUUUUUUUUUUUGUCCCUCACUGGUGUAUAUAAUGGACAAAACAAGCAGACAUAACUGCCUCUUUCUAAUUCUAACACACAUUCCUCUUAAUUCAUUUAAAUGCUUUAUUGAAAACAGAUUUGUAUUAUUUGCAUUAUGUUGGUUCAGAAAACAAUGAUCUCUUGCUGUGGGAUUUUAUUUAACAGAAUUUAUUUGUAUUCGUACAGUGGCAGUGUCACAUGUUACUAUUUGUUGUCAUAACCAAUAAAGGCUUUUCAUCAAGGA